AUGAUCAUUUCUUGCCUUGCUCUCGGAAGCAGAGGUGAUGUCGAGCCACUGCUGGCUCUGGCGGAGGGACUGCUUCUCAAGGAAAGUCUCCAGGACUUGAGCGUCAGGAUUGCUUGCAGGAACGAAAUCUGGAACGACCUUGCAAGCUGCUCCCCUCCCCUGCCGCAAGUGUCUCACUUCCCCAUCAGAAGCUGCUCGGUCGACAUGGCGGUUGCGCUGCAUGCAGAAAGACGAAGUCAAGAGCCUCCCAGCAAGGCGGUGGGCAGGGAGGAUGUGAAGCGAUUCGAAGAGGAGGAACGAGCGGAACUGCUUCAGGCCUGUCACGGGGCAGACGUGAUUGUCUGCAAUCUCUUCACAUUGGAAGGAUUUCACAUCAGUGAGAAGAUGCGCAUCCCUUGUGUCAUUGUCUCCCCGUGCCUGCCACCGAAUCGAAUGCCUGCCACGUUCGAGCGGCAGUUCAUGGAUGAAUUCCCCCUCCUGUACAGGAAGCUCAAGGCGUCUGCGAGAGGCUUGGAGGAUGAGGAUGCGCUUUCACGGCCCGUCUGCUGGUCGGACGUGACCGCAUGGAUGUGGAGGGUGUUUCUCGAUGACCAUGGCACAUGGCGCGAACAAUGCCUUGGGUUGCCGGCAAUUCCGCUAGACAAGUUCGAGGAGGAGGGAGGAGAGCCGCUGCCGCAAGCUCCGCUCCUCCUGCUCACUGUCUCCCAGCGGCUGCUAGCUCUUGACGAGAGUGAUCAGUUCCUUGCAUGGAAGUCUUGCGCUCGAUUUGUGGGGAAUCAAGUGAGGGAAAGUUCAAAGUCCGUGGAGCUUGACAAGGAGCUGAUGUCAUUCCUGUCUUCAAGUCAUUCAUUGCAAGCGGGUGACAGGGUAGAGACGUCCGCCCCCUCAAGGACGGUGUGCGUGUGCUUCGGUUCCAUGCCGAGCCUGGGGUUUCUUGAGAGUGCUGAAGAAAAAGAUGUCGACAGUGCAGAAGCGUUUCUUGUCACGAUCAUGAGAGGCCUCAAGAGUUUGAAUCUCAGAUGCGUCUGGAUGCUUCAAGGGUUCCAUCCGACCAUCAAGAGUAAGCUUGAACGAGCGGCAGGAGCUUGUGUUCACCACCACUUCUUCACUUUUGUUGCUCAUCCCCAUGCUCUCAUCUUGCCACACUGUUUCGCCAUGAUUCAUCACGGGGGUGCUGGAUCAGUUGCGGCUGCCAUUCGGCAUGGCUGUAUGCACAUUGUCUUCCCCCUGACUUUCGACCAAAUAUACUGGGCAGUAUUACUGGAAAGAGCAGGACUAGCGUGCAGAGCUCAACCGUGGCGUAGCGUUACUGAUGAAAGCAUAAAGUCUUCCUUGCAGUUUGCGAUGGAUCAUUACGACAUUCGUCUCGCCAUGAAAGGAGGCCAAAGUUGA